CCGACAACACUUUCCACAAAAUGGCCGCGACGAGCUGCAUCCACCACACCAGCAAAAGACGCAUCCUAACCAUCAGCGACACCCAUUGCAGCAGCCAGUGCAGCAGCAGCAGCAGCCGCCGCCGUUCCAACCGCACGCACAUAUGCCGCCGCCUCAGGCUCAGUCGGGCCAUCACAACCCUUUCGCGUUCCAACCGCCUCCUUUCGACCCAACCGCCUCCACCAUGCAGCCCGGGCAGUCCGCCUUUGCUUCCUCAUCCACCUCCAUCCACUCGGCUCCAAUGGCGCAACCCGCCAUGGCUGCUCCAUCCGACCAGCCGUUCGCGAUAGACCACGCCAUGUUCAACGACGUCUUGUUCCCUCCAAGACCAAAGCAGCUGCGGCCUUCAGAAGCAACCCGCACCUAUCUCAACACCUUCGAGGACCCCAUCGCAGAGGCCUACAUCGCUGGCCAAGACCUCGACGAGCCUUUCUACUCGAUCGCGCCGUCGGGAUUAGAGCUGCCCACGGACGCCUCUGCGUCCCUCGACCUCAACGCCAUCCCUGCUCAUGCAUCAGAACCCACCAACGCUUCGGCGCAGCCACCCGCCGACACUAGGCCAGACUCCCUCGACUCCUUCGCCUUCAUCGGCAAGCAAGCCAAUACACAUGCCGACACGUUCGACUCGGCCGCUGCCAUCCUCGACGACGCAGGCUUCACCCGCUUCUCCGAACUCAACGACGACAACGCCAACGACGCCACAGAUCCGCUCCCCAGCAACGCAGAUGCGCAGCACGGCAUCGCUUCCGGUUCGGGCUCGGAUGCCACCAACCAGAGCACGUCAGCCUCCGCAGCAGCCAACAAGGACGGCAUCCCUCCACGCCGCCGCACCCGCCGUCGCCAAAACAUCAGUUGCGACCAGUGUCGCGCCUCCAAGCGUGGCUGCGACUUUCAACUGCGUCUCGAUGCAGACGGCAACGAUCUCGCCUCGGACCAGCCCGCCGCUGGCCAUGCUGGCGACAAGCGCAAGCUCUCCGACGCCGGCCAGGACGGCGGCCCGGGCGGCUCCAAACUCGUCUGCUCCAACUGCCAGCGACGCGGCAUCGAGUGCACCACCAACUUUGCCGACUCGGUCCGCGAGAGCAAGCAGGCCGCCAACGUCACCCCGGAUAUCCCCGUUCCAGGCUCCAAGAAGCGCGCCAUCUCCGACGACUCGUCCGAGAACGGCAUGCGUUCCAAGUCGGUCUCCUCCGACGGCAGCUCGCCCUCCGCAAACAGCCACGAAAGUCGCGACCAGCUCAUCAGGGCCCUGCAGAAUCGCAACGAGUCCCAGAUGCUCUCCACCAGCGGCCAGAACUUCCGUUUCGCCAUGCGUGCAGACUCGCUCCUCCUCACCACAAAUCGCAUGCGCCUCUACGUACACACCGUCGAACCAGGCGCCAACCUCUGGCUCUCCAGGGCUUGCUCGCCGCUUCGCACCGACGGCGACCUCGGCGCGUACAUUCGCAGCGCCAUCGGCCUCGAUGCGCUCAACCUAUCGCAACGCCUCUGGGCCUCGUGGCACGUCGACGUACCAUCCACAAGGAAGGAGCACCAGCCCAAUCUCUUUUACCUCGUCUACGGCCUCGACCACCUCGGUGGAGAGAUGGGCGUGUGGGGCGAGAAGCCGCAGCAGUUGCCUAUCCCGGACGCCUCCGAGAUGCGCGGUCCAGGCCCAGCGCACGAAGCUUCCGCACAGAUCAACGACAUCUUCAUCGACAUGCUCGGCAUGGGCCCCGGCGGCUGGCGCAGGUCCAAGAGGGACCUCAUGAUCGACGAGGCCGUCAAGGCGUGCAUGCUCGCCUACGCGUGCCAGUUCCGCCUCGACGACGAGAUGACCUCCAGCUCCGCCGAUGCCGCCUCCAAGAAGGCUGUCGACGGCAAGCACUAUCGCGACGCCCACGACCGCAUCGCCACCGCAGCAUGGAAGCGCGCACGCUCCUUGAUCUUGCAGCUCGCUCCGCGCCGCUCGUGCCGCAUCGCGUACGGCCUCUUCCUGUUUGGUGUCACGGCGCCACCGCCCGGUGCGCUGGCAGAGGGUGGUGCCAGAUCGGGCGCAGAUGCGGCAGAGGAUGCGGCGUUUGCGCUCGAGACCGCCUCCCGACAUCUCGAGUGGUUCGUGAUGAGGUGUCGCGACCUCGUCCGCACCGUCGACAAGGCGGUCAAGAAUCCGCUGCUCAACGGCAACGCCGAGGUGAUCAAGCACCAGCGCAUCGCCUCCGACCUCAUGGGCCUCGCAGAGUCGCUCGGCUGGUUCGGGCUGCUCAUCGACACGGUCACGCACGUGUCGCAGGGCCGCCGCUCGAGCAUGCGCGAGGACAAUCUGGUCUACCAGUCCACCGGCAUUGGUUCGGGCACGGAUCCGGGCGUGCCUGUUCCUUCGCCCGGCAGUGCCAACAGUCCGCCCGAUCGCACCGCAGAGGCGCUCUUUGCGCUGCAGGACACCAUCAACCUGCUGCCGGCUCGUCAGGCGCCGCCGGGCGCGUUUCCGGGCACGUCCGAGACGUACAUGCACGAAGAGAACGAGGCGGACGGCACGUUUCAGGUGGAUACCGAGAUGUCGCGCAGGAUCAUGGAGCGGGCCGCGUGUGCGCGCGACCUCAUCCCGGCGCUGCUGCGCAAUCCGGGCGCGCUCGCGAAUGCCAUCCCGUUCGACGUGCUCAUCGGCGCCCAGGAUCCCGACGUCGGUCGUGCCGGUGGCUCGAUCAUCAACAUUAACAAUCCGGGUGGCGGGUUGAACGAGCAGGUGGUGUUGCUCGGUGUUGCGUGGGGUACUGCGGUCGAGGUGUACAUCUGGCGGCGCGUGGGAAUGUUGCAGGCGGCGACCGAGACGUUGUUGGCCACCACGGAUCCCGUGCAGGCGCUCAUCGCGGGCGGCGGGAGCAUUGUGACCGAAAAGGUGGAGAAGAUGGUGAUGAAUGUGCUCGAGGCGAUUCGGCUGUUCCACAACAUCUUUGAUGGGCUGAUUGCGCGCGCGCUCGACGAGUUUGUGCAUCUGUCUAGACAGGCACGCACGAUGCUGUCGUUCUUUGUGAUCCACAUCCAUCUGGGCGUGCUGCAUUUCACGCAGCUCGCCAAGCGCAUCGAGCAGCGCGAGCUCGAGCUGAUCCAGGCGUUCAAUGCGGCGCAUGCGGCGAGUGCUUCGCCGCCCAAGACGGCUUCGUCGGUGUCGAAUGUCAAUCUGUCGUUUUCGCCGUUGACGGUGAAUAGUCCGCAGGUGGGCGGGUUGACAUCGCCGACGCCCAGCGCGGGGGCGCAGGGUAGUGCAUCGUCCAACGGCUCACCACCCACCACCGCACCCAACCAGCAGCUGCGUUCGGUCAUGCUGCAUUCGUCGGUCGAGCGUCGCAUCGUUGGCAGAGCAGCCGCUCUCGGCAUGUCGCACAUGGCCGCACUCAUCAAUGCAGAGUGCGCCAAACUCGAAGAAGCCACGCGCAUCGGCAGGUUGUCGCCCAAACCCCAGGAUGGAAAGUCGCGCAAGGGCAGCUUUUACGGGCCCCCCCAACAGGCUGACGACUUUACACCCAUCGAAGACUCGGCUUCGGCGCCGUGGCGACAUCCCUAUCCCGCCAUGGUCGCAGACGCGCUCAAGCUCAGCUCGCAACAGCUGCACGAUGAGAUUUGGGACCAGCUCAUCGCUGUGCCCCGCAACGACGCAGAACUCAGCCUGUUGAUGGACAACUUCAAUGUGCUCCUCGAGGGAUUCGGCCGCAUGUUGCAUGCUGUGCCGGGGUUGGGCAGUUAUAAGCAGGUGCUCACCGAUCUCGAGAAUGCCCGCGAUACCGCCGCGUUUGUCGCUACUCAGAACGGGUGA